AGCCGAGCAGCCCGAAGGGCUCGAGGGGACAAGUGUCUGCAAUGGACUGGCGAGGGCUCGAGGGUGCCCUCGCUCUGGAUCGCCCUCCUGGGCUGUCCUUGCCGCGCUGGAAGGGUCAGAAAAAGCCAGAGAGGGAACGCGGUGCCUCAGCGGGCUGCCAUAGUGGUUCUCUUCCUUCCUAGGGAGCUAGAUAAUGGGCCCGGGAGUCAGAAGACGUGAGCAGUGCAGCAGGGCAUGGGGACCCUUCUUGAACAGCCGACAGUACACCUCCUCUUCCUCCCCAUGCGAGUGUGGUUGUGUACGGUCUGAAGCCAUCUGGGAUAUUGUUUUUAAAGAGGGCUACCAUCAUUCACGAACAGAAACUGCCUAGGGGCUAUGCAGUCUGUGCGGGGAUGGGGAAUGCUGGCUCUCUUGAGUGCCUAAGAAUCGUCAGGUGUACUGGCUAGGACUUAAGUUCAGUCUUCCUCUUCCAUUCUGACCUUGUCAUAAACACCAGUUAAUUCUCCAAAGAGGUCUUGAGAAAGAUUUCUUUUUGGUUCGAAGAUCUCAGGCAUGGGAAGUGGUUUUGUUUUCCGAGUAAAACUAAGGAGUAACUUUAGAUCUACAGGAAAGUUAGCAGCACAGUAUAAUGGUCUAUAUAUCCCAACAUUGUGUGUGUGUGUGUGUGUACUAAUGAGCUAAUCUCUUUAUUCUCAGUGGUGUGGUGUUUCUUGUUUUUUUUCAUUAAAAUUUAAAAUAGCAAAUAUUUCAUAUUAAUCCUCAGUCUCUCCUUUUGCUAUCUCUGUGAUAUUAGGUCUAAUUGCAUAGACUUCUUUAAAAAAAAAAGCCAAAGUCUCUAGUUUUGCUUAUUUAGCUCAGUUUAAAAUGAAUAAUUUCAUAACCUGGUGUGGAGUAAGCCACCACACCACUCAGCACUCAGGAGGCAGAGGCAGAUGGCUCUCUGUGAGUUUGAGGCCUUUAAGUCUAUGUACAUAGUCAGUUUCCAGGCCAUCCAAGUGCACUAUAAUGAAACUCUGUCUCUAAAAAACAAAAAUCAGUUAAUAACCUAUAGCAGGAAAUUCAGUUUUAUUUUUAUAGAUUUUAAUUUUGUGUGUGUGUGUGGUGUGAGCAUAUGUACAUGUGAGAGCAGGUACCUCUAAAGGCCAGAAGAAGUAGGUCAUUUUGAGUUGCCAUCUCUCCAGUCCCCAGAGCAGCUAUCAGAGAACAAGAAACUUCAGCGAAAUAAUGACAGGAUUACACUUUUGUUUGGAGAAUAUUGAACUGGCAACCUCUCGGCUUCUAGUAAAUUACCCAGAGCCCUUUCGUUCUGAAAUACUGGAUUAUCUCUUUAAGCCAAACUUCGGUGCCUCUUUGCAUAUUUUAAAAGUGGAAAUAGGAGGUGAUGGGCAAACAACAGAUGGCACCGAACCAUCCCACAUGCACUAUGAACUAGAUGAGAAUUAUUUCCGAGGCUAUGAGUGGUGGUUGAUGAAGGAAGCGAAGAAGAGGAACCCUAAUAUUAUACUAAUGGGGUUGCCGUGGUCAUUUCCUGGAUGGCUGGGCAAAGGUUUCAGUUGGCCUUAUGUAAAUCUUCCACUGACUGCCUACUAUAUCGUAAAAUGGAUUUUGGGUGCCAAGCAUUAUCAUGACCUGGAUAUUGAUUAUAUUGGGAUUUGGAAUGAAAGGCCAUUUGAUGCCAACUAUAUAAAGGAAUUAAGAAAAAUGCUGGACUACCAUGGUCUGCAACGAGUGAAAAUCAUAGCAAGUGAUAAUCUCUGGGAGCCGAUUUCUUCUUCUAUGCUGUUUGACCGUGACCUCUGGAAGGUGGUUGAUGUUAUUGGAGCUCAUUACCCUGGGACCCGGACAGCGUGGAAUGCAAGGAUGACAGGGAAGAAGCUCUGGUCGUCGGAAGAUUUUAGCACCAUCAAUAAUGAUGUUGGUGCAGGCUGCUGGGGUCGCAUAUUGAAUCAGAACUAUAUCAAUGGCAAUAUGACCUCCACAAUUGCUUGGAAUUUGGUGGCUAGUUACUAUGAGGAAUUGCCUUAUGGGCGAAGUGGCUUGAUGACCGCCCAGGAGCCGUGGAGUGGGCAUUAUGUAGUGGAAGCUCCUAUCUGGAUAUCAGCUCAUACAACUCAGUUUACUCAGCCAGGCUGGUAUUACCUGAAGACAGUUGGCCAUCUAGAGAAGGGAGGAAGUUAUGUAGCUCUGACGGAUGGCUUAGGGAACCUCACCAUCAUCAUCGAAACCAUGAGUCAUAAACACUCCAUGUGUAUACGGCCAUAUCUGCCGUAUUAUAAUGUCUCAAGCCAGCUGGCCACCUUCACGCUAAAGGGAUCUUUGAGAGAAAUACAAGAGCUACAGGUGUGGUAUACCAAGCUUAGAGGACCAUCGGAGAGGCUUCAUUUCAAACAACUGGACUCUCUAUGGCUCCUGGACAGCGGUGGCAGCUUUGCCAUAGAACUGCAGGAGGAUGAGCUGGUGACGCUCACCACUCUCACCACAGGGCGCAAAGGCAGCUACCCGCCACCCCCCAAGUCGCAGCCCUUCCCGAGAAGCUAUAAGGAUGAUUUCAACGUUGAGUACCCAUUUUUUAGCGAAGCUCCGAACUUUGCUGAUCAGACCGGCGUGUUUGAGUACUACAUAAAUAACGAAGACCCCGGACAGCAUCGCUUCACACUACGCCAAGUUCUCAAUCAACGACCUAUCACCUGGGCUGCCGACGCUUCCAGUACGAUCAGCAUUAUAGGCGAUUACCACUGGGCCAACAUGACUGUGCAGUGUGAUGUCUACAUAGAGACCCCUCAGAGAGGGGGCGUGUUCAUCGCUGGAAGGGUGACGAAAGGCGGCAUUUUGGUGAGGACGGCUACAGGAGUUUUCUUCUGGAUUUUCGCAAACGGAUCUUACAGAGUCACAGCUGACCUGGGUGGAUGGAUCACAUAUACUUCAGGACACGCUGACAUUACAGCAAAAAGAUGGUAUACACUCAGCCUAAGCAUUAAGGGUUAUUUCGCCUCUGGCAUGUUGAACGGCAAGGUCCUGUGGGAAAACGUCCCUGUGAAAUACUCAGGGAAUGGCUGGGCUGCCAUCGGAACGCACACUUUCGAGUUUGCGCAGUUUGACAACUUUCACGUGGAAGCGGCUCACUAGUACUCACAGGGCAUCAAGACGCGAUUUGGAUUUUCUAUUUUUGAUUUCAAUUCAGGGCCAGUUUUGAUGGACCUAUAUGUGAGCCUUUGAGGCUAGCAAUAGUGAAGAGUAUAUAGGGGAAAUGGUACAUGGUUGCCAGAUCCUGUGAAAGAUUUAAUUAGAACUAAUUUCGGAAGGAAUGCGGAUGUCUUUGGCAUUGCCUGUGGUAGCUGUAACACUGUUGGUCCCGUCCUUUAGGAGUGGUUUGGGUGGUACCUGCCUUGCAGUCUUGGCACUGAUACCUUGGUAGCUCUCUCCAUAUUGUUUGUAAAUGAUCAUGUGGAUGGCCAGGACCUGAGAACCGCAGGUGGUUUGUGAGCGAGCACCAUGUGUCUAAGUGAGUAGAGGCAUCCUUAGAAGAUGCUGAUGCUUAAGAGGAAGCUGAUGAACAUUUCAGUGCACACUUUAACAUGCUGCUCUCUCUGUCUCUCUCUCUCUCUCUCUCCCUCUCUCUCUCUCUCUCUCUUUCUCUCUCUCAGAAACACACAUACACCCUCUCUCCUCACAUGCCUCUCCCUCCUCCCUCCUUCUCUCUCUGCCUUCCUCUCCUCAUAAUGCUGCCUUUGGAAUUGGUGGGAUAAUUUGAAAAAUACCUCAUUAAUAAACUAACUCCAAAGCCAUUUUUGCAGUAAUAAAAAUAAUCAGAUUAAA